ACGAGUUCCAUUGAGAAAUGAGAAUCUAAGUUCGAAGAUGAAGGAGGAGUCACUCUCCCAUCACUGUUCUGUUUUGCCUCUAUAUAAACCAUUUUAUGUUUCGUGCCUUUUGGGUUCAAAGAACACUGAAGACAGUUUAGUUGACACGGCUUUUGUUUCUGCGAGGAGUGGUUGGACCCGAGGGAUUGCGACUUGGCGGAAACAAGAGAACUAUAAAACCAGACAUCCGCAGCUUAAUUCUACGACAACAAUUGAGAGAGUCUUAUAUUGCACAAGAUCGGCGGCGCCCAUUGUCGCUUCUUCAAGAGCUGCUUCCAUGUUCCUUCACUGACCACCUUAUUGUAUUAGAGGCAGAAAGGAACAGGAGAACAGAGAAUAUGGCUCUCACAGGUUCAGCAUCUAGACAGCCGCAAUUCAUUUUGAGCACUGGAAACCGAAGCUCUUCCGAUGCUCCUCUGAUCGAAAACUCAGACACUGAACAAAUUGUCGUCCUGAUGUGAGUUAUCAAACUCCUUCCUUGAUUCAUCAUAGUUUUUAAUUUUUAUCGCAUGUAAAAUGAUUAUUUAAAAUUUGUGUGCGAGUUUUCUUUCUGCUGGUUAGGUUGCCAUAUUGCUGAUUUGAUAAUGAUGCUUAGUGAUUAGCUGCUCUAAGUCUUUAUUCUCUCUGUUUGCUUAUGACUAAUCUUUUCAGUUACAGUGAAGUUACUUUAUCAAUGACGUUGUAUUUCAUGUCAUAAGUUCAUAUGACGGAGUUACAGUGUUAACGGCAUAAGUCAACAUACAGAAGUGUCAUAAGCAACAUAUGUGUAACACUCUUCAAAUAGUUAUAAAGCUUGUAAUACGAGGUUUAUGUGAAUAAUCAACAAGUAAUCAGCCCUGGUAACGGUUUCAUAGCAAACCCUUCGAUAAAACAAAGAGUGACAGAGUGAAAGACCCCAUGAGUUGAAACUUGGAAAACAAUAUUAAGAUGUUAAAGAUUCUUUUCUUUUUCCCCUGACAUUUUCUUUCAGUUAGUGACAAAUUAGAAAUUACAUUGAAUUAAGUCUUGUAGUUAAAUUGGUGUCCAAAGCAAUUUGCCCAAUGACCAUGAUUUGUGUAUGUUUCUCUUCUGCAGAAAACAAGCUGGAAAAACUUAUUUGCAUAUAUGGGUCCUGGUUUUCUUGUUUCUAUUGCAUAUAUAGACCCGGGAAACUUUGAAACGGAUCUUCAGUCAGGGGCACAAUAUAAAUAUGAGUUACUUUGGAUUAUAUUGGUUGCCUCUUGUGCUGCUCUUAUAAUUCAAUCAAUGGCAGCCAAUUUAGGAGUUGUAACUGGAAAACAUUUAGCAGAGCACUGUAGAACUGAAUAUCCGCGGUCAACAAACUUCAUCUUAUGGGUUAUUGCUGAAAUUGCCAUAGUGGCUUGCGACAUUCCUGAAGUGAUAGGAACAGCCUUUGCAUUGAACAUGCUCUUCAACAUACCUGUUUGGAUUGGUGUUCUUUUAACAGGGCUCAGUACAUUGAUCCUCUUAGCAUUACAGCAAUAUGGGGUGAGGAAACUUGAAUUCUUGAUUGCAUUUCUGGUGUUUACAAUUGCUACGUGCUUUUUUGCUGAACUUGGGUAUGCAAAACCUGAUGCCAAAGAAGUUCUGGAGGGUCUUUUUGUACCAAAGCUCAAAGGGAGUGGUGCUACUGGCCUUGCAAUUUCACUCCUCGGGGCUAUGGUUAUGCCGCACAACCUCUUCCUCCACUCAGCACUGGUGCUUUCUAGAAUACCGCGAUCAGUUCAUGGAAUCAAAGAGGCUUGCAGAUUUUACAUGAUAGAAAGCGCCUUUGCUCUUAUGGUGGCUUUCCUCAUAAAUGUUUCUGUCAUCUCCGUGAGCGGUGCAGUUUGCAAUUCUUCGAAUUUGAAUGUAGAAGAUCAAGAGAACUGUCAGGAUUUGGACUUGAACAAAGCCUCCUUUCUGCUAAAAAAUGUAUUGGGUAAAUGGAGUUCAAAACUGUUCGCAAUCGCUUUGCUUGCUUCAGGUCAAAGUUCUACUAUAACAGGAACAUAUGCUGGGCAGUAUGUCAUGCAGGGAUUUCUUGAUUUACGACUGAAACCAUGGAUUCGAAAUUUUUUGACUCGUUGUUUAGCCAUAGUUCCGAGUUUGAUUGUUGCGGAUGGUGGCUCUGCUGGGGCAGGGAAACUUAUAAUUAUUGCAUCAAUGAUCUUAUCAUUUGAGCUUCCUUUUGCUUUGAUUCCACUCCUCAAGUUCACUAGCAGCAAAACCAAGAUGGGCGCUUAUGCCAACUCGUUCACGAUUUCAGUUGUGACGUGGAUCAUCGGUUCGUUCAUAAUGGCAAUAAAUAUAUACUACUUGCUGACAGGGUUCAUCAAGUUGCUUCUUCACAGUGACAUGGAAAUUGUGGGUAAGGUGUUUGUGGGGAUGCUAGGGUUUUCAGCCAUGGCAGUAUAUUUGGCUGGGAUUGCUUAUCUGGUGUUUCGCAAGAACAAGAAGGCAACACACCUUCUGGCACUAACAACACCUGAAAGUAGGCAUGGAAAUGAACAAGGCAAUGGAUCAAUGUAUUGCCUCCCUAGAGAAGACAUAGUUAGCAUGCAAUUGCCUCAGAGAAGUAACUUAGCUGAUCUUUGACUUGGAAGUUUUUCAAAAGCAACAUAGAUUUCUGAUAUAGAAUUUAGUUUGGGGCAUUCACUAGAGUAAGAUUAGUGGUUUUAGUUCCUGGAAAUUAGGAACGUGCUUAAGUAAGACUAUGUAUCACUUGACUUGGUUCAUAUAUAUUAAGUAAUGCACAUCUUGAAUCCUUGUUCUGGUCUCUUUUCUAAAGAAUUGUGUUUGUGACAGAACAAUGUUGGUCAAAAAUAGAAAACAAAUUUUGGGAUUU